AUGGCGCGGCUCAUGGCUUUCACCCUGGUGAGAAGCACUUGGGCGGGCGCUGUCAACAGCACCUGCUUGCUGCAGCACAAGUCUAAUGUGUCACUGUCGAAAUCCUUGGUCCUUGGUGGAAGUGCGACCAACGGCGUCUACCAACAUUGGUAUUGCGGCUCUGCCUCCUUGGACAAGGACGAUGGCCUCCGCACUACUUGGGGAGACCUGGACAUCAAGUAUGUGAACCGCGACGACGACGCCUUCGACGAUACGCGCCCCCCGGGCUUCAGCGGGGCCACGGUGAACCGGAAUAUCUUUUUCAUGGCGGUGGCAGGCAUCGGCUAUUCUGUGGACAAGGUGGAGCUGAAGACCCAGUGCUACAACAAGAACGGUGACAAGUUUACUGAGACGACCUCCAAAGGUACCAAUCUGCCGGUGGGGACUGCAGGGGUGUGGCAGCUGCCAGCAAAGUGGCUUCCCCUCGGCGGCAGCGCCGUGUACUGCGACUAUCGGAUUCGUGUCACGGCCCUUUGGGGGGAGCGGAAGAAGAAGUGGAUUAAGGGUGCGAACUAUGGGGACGAUUUCAUCGUGGUGAAAAUGACGGGCACCACCCAGGACGUGAAGCUGGACAUCAAGAAGAGCCCCAGUCACGUGAAGUGCUGGGACACCUUGUAA